AUGAGUCCAAGAAAUGUGGUUUUCAAGAAGAUGUGCAAGGACAAGUCGGUCGGGGUCUACAUGGGGAGGAGAGACUUCGUGGACCACGUGGACUCUGUGGACCCAGUGGAUGGCGUCAUCCUCAUCGAUCCCGAGGCUCUGCGGGGGAAGAAAGUGUUCGUCACCCUGUCCUGCACCUUUCGGUACGGCAGAGACGACAUGGACGUGAUGGGGAUCGCCUUCCGCCGGGAGCUGUACCUGUGCACCCGCCAGGUGUACCCGCCCCUUCAAGACCGCGAGCAGGGCAUCCACACCACGACGCAGGCCAAGCUGCUGCGCAAGCUGGGAGACAACGCCUACCCGUUCUUCUUCGAGUUCCCUGACAAUCUGCCUUGCUCAGUGGCCCUCCAGCCAUCGCCCCACGACGUCGGCAAGCAAUGUGCCGUCGAGUUCGAGGUCAAAGCGUUCAGCGGCGAGCGCCAAGACGCCAAGACGCACAAACGGAGCUCCGUGAAGCUGAUGAUCAGGAAGGUCCAGUACGCCCCCCAGAUCGAGGGUCUGGCUCCCAGUGUGGAGACCAGCAGAGACUUGGUGAUGUCGGACAAGGCGCUGCAUGUGAAGGCCAGCCUGGACAAAGAGACGUACUACCACGGGGAGACCGUCAAGGUGCACGUCAGCGUCACAAACAACUCCAGCAAGAACAUCAAGAACAUCAUCGUCUCUGUGGACCAGGUGGCCACGGUGGUGCUGUACUCCAACGACAGCUACGCCAAAUCUGUGGCCAUCGAGGAACCGGGGGAUUCAGUGUCUCCUGGAGCGACCCUGCACAAGGUCUACAAGCUGCUUCCUGUGCUGGCCAACAACAGGGAGAGGAGGGGCAUCGCUGUGGACGGCAAGCUGAAGCAUGAAGACACCAACCUGGCGUCAUCCAGCAUUAUCAAGGACGGUGUGCUGAAGGAAGUUAUGGGGAUCAUGGUUUCAUACAGAAUCAUGGUGAAGCUCAUCGUUGGAGGGCUGAUGGGAUCAAGUGAGGUCGGCCUGCAAGUUCCCUUCAAGCUGAUGCAUCCCAAACCUGAUGCAGUGAAGGAGAGUGAGAUGGAGGAGGAGAUGGAGUUCCAGGAGUUCCAGCGCUCCGACCUGAAGGGGAUGAAGAAUGACGAGGACGAAGAUGGAAACGUGUCGGGUGGCGACGACAUUGCGCCCAAAGAGAAAUAA